AUGUCUGUUCUCCUCGACACUACUGUAGGAGAGAUAGUAGUAGACUUGGAGGUUAAGAAGGCGCCCAAGACUUGUGAGAACUUUGUCAAAUUAUGCAAGCUGAAAGCCUACAACAAUGCACUCAUCCAUACUGUACAAGCGGAUUUUAUAUGCGAAAUCGGUGACCCGGGGGAUAAUACAUGUGCAGCCUAUCGAUUGGCGAAGAUGAACGGAAAAGAGGCACCGAAAUUCGUGGACGAUGAAAUUAGGCCAGAUUUGAAACACGAUAGGAUUGGUACCGUGGCUAUGGCAUCGACUGGUCCUGGUGAAAAUGGCAUGCAGUUUUACAUCACUUUGAGAGAUGAUGUUUCCUAUCUUAAUGGUAAACAUUCCAUUUUCGGGUAA